GGAAAACCAUUCUGUAGAAAAUCAAAAAGGAAACGCAAAACAUGCAGCGUGCUCUGAUCUCAGUUCGAUCUUGAGUUUCAUUCCAGGAACCCCAAUUUCUCAGUCUAGUGCCUUUCCCCUUCACCCUAUUGUACAAAUGUCCUCUAUUUCCUAUCACUUCUUGACUGAUCGUGAUCGCCUAAGAGCCGGGAAUUUUGGGUUUUAGAUUACAGUUUUUUCACAAUGGGCUGCGAAAAGAGCUAGUGUGUAGCAGAAGCGAGCCAGCGUUUCUGAACUGAAAUUUUAAAGAUGAAAUUUGAAAUGAAAUAAACAUCGUUAUUUUUCGUUUUCCCAGUAUGCCUAUGUGCUGCUAAACAUGCACAAUGUUGGUCACAGGUGGUGCAGAGAGUCUCUGCAGCUGCAAAUGAUGUGGCAGGAGUAUUGUUGUUGUCGCACAGUUCUUGUUGAUCGGUGAGGAGCAGCCGCAAGUUCUUGCGGAAUUUUCAGAGUGACAUCCAGUCAUCUUCUUCUUUCCCGUCGCAGCCCGAACAUACAAGGCGCCUCCUGGUGCGGUGCCUUAAUGAACGGCGAAACGCAUAAUUUUCUUCCCCCUUCGUCGUCCACACCACUGUGACAAAAAUGAAGUUCGCGAAGGAGUUAGCGUGGUUGCAGUUCUCGGGCUGGGGACCCUUUUAUUUGGACUACAAGGGAUUAAAGAAGACGUUAAAGGGGGUGGACUUUGCCGAGAAAUUUUACCAGCAUUUCCAGCGGGAGCAGCGCAAACUCGAGCAGUUUUUGAGCCUGUUGCUGAACCUCUUGAAGAUGCGCACCGAGCAGUUGCUUGAAUCACACCAGGCCCUGUACGAAGAGGUAGUUGACAGAAUUCAAAAGCAACAAGGAGGCACACACGACGCCCCUCCACCUGGAGCAGCCUUCGGGACGAACAAAAGCACCACCACUCUGGAUACAACGACUUCGCUGGCCGUCGCGGCGAAGAGAAGGGUCAAAUCCUACUACGCAAAGAAGAGCGAGAAGCGCACAGCAUCCAAGUUCGCAAAUGACGUCGCGCUGCUGCAAUUGGCGUACGAAAACCUGCUGCGGAUGUUUUUCGAGGCAGCGGAAUUUGCAGCGCUCAACAGGAAGGCGAUUUACAAGAUCACCAAGAAGUGGGAGAAGCACAACCUGGCGAUGGUGAACAACGCAAGCGACGAGGCAACAUUGACAGGAGAGCUGAGUGCUGCCCAUCAACUGGUGGGAAUCCCCGUUUUGAGCAGCGACAUCCUCGAUUUCACUAAGUGCGCUUUUUGGACGGAAAUUCAGGCCAACCUGGAGAACAUCCGCUUGGCGCACCAGUGGCACGCGCAGCGAGUACAGGAGCAACAGGAAACGGGCUCUUUUUCGAGUACAAUUCUUUGUAGUUCAGGCACACAGGAGCACGGUUCACAAUUCUCGGCGGCGUCUCCUUCCAGCGGUAAGAAACCUCCAGCAGCUCGCACGAUACUUACGCCAGGCAGCUUUCCGCAGCUGCAAAAUAAAAGGAAGGAUGAGGGUUUCAGUCAGCACGAAAAUUCGACGCACGGAGCAACGAACAAGGGCAGUUCUGCGCCGAUGAGCUGUUUCACGGUGAUGAACCCGAGCGAGCGAAACGAGUGGGAUUCGUGGUACUUCAUAUCAAAAUGAAAAAUCCCCCCACCCCAUAUCAAAGCGAAGUUUGUGAUGCUGGAUUUGCGUACACAAAUCAGAUUUGUCAUGCUGGAGAGGACUGCAGCCCCAUACCAAGCCUGAGCAGAGAGGUUUUGGACUAGGCUCUUAGCAUGAGAAACGUCUGCGCUGCAGGCCCAACAACAUUGCAAAUCGCCUGCAUAGUGCGGCGGAGGCUGUGGAGUUGCAUUCUUGCAAGACAGAGAUGAUUUGUGGUCGCAAAUCAGCAUUGCAAAUUUUCUGCGACGUACCUUUUCGAUAUGGGGAGGGGGAUUUUUCCUCACAAUACUUCAACAGCUACUGGUCCAGGCGCUGGCUGAAGAAGAACACGCCUACGAAUCUCCUUCUGACAAACCGAUUCUCUCUACCGCUGUUGCAGAAAGGAGGCGGCGACAGGGAUCAGCUUGGAAGCGGAAGCAGUAGAGGUGGCAAGAACGGCAGCGCAACUAUCGCGCAGGGGCAGCAGCGCUAUACGCACAAUAUGGAGCAGGAGGAUGACGACGAUAGUUCGCCGCGCAACGGAUCAUGUGCUGACGACACUGCGGGCAAAAGCAAAACCGCGAGUCAGACAUACUUCUUGCCGAUGAGAAAGUAUGCAGCGAAGAGCUCUUUGAUUCAACUGUUCCAACGGAAAAGGAAAUCCCCUUCGAAUGCAUCAACGUCGAAAGGCAAGGAGCACCAGAUCGAGGAGACGAAUCGCAACUCGGACACAAGUGGCGAGGAGAACGAAAAACCCAUGGAAAAGACCGAGACGGAGGAAACCAACGCCGGUUCCUGGUUUGUCGCCGACCAGGAAAGCAAGAAGAAGAAGACGCAGGACGAGGGCAAGGCGUUCUACCGCUACGAAGGUGCGUUGGCGGUCCUGGUACUGCACAUCGUUCUCUCCCUACUCGCCUCCACGCCGAACAACGGCGCGCACCGCGACGACGGCGGCGACGAUCAGAUGUCGUACGAAGACAAGUUUUUCCAGAUUUUUCCGGUGUUCCGGCUCUGGUUCUUCGUGGUGCUGGUUUUCUGGGGCGUCGCGUGGGUCGUGCGCAAGUUCGAGCGGUACGGCAUCGCGUACGUGUACCUGAUGGACCUAGACCUGGAGCGCCGCGUCUCCUCAACGACGUUGUUCCACCUCGCGAGCACGGUGUCGGUCAUGUGGGCUCUGGUAUUUGCGCUGUUCCUCGCGGACUUCAAGUUCGAGUUGGUGUUUGGCCGGAAGCACGGCGCGUUGGGCGCGGAGGGGGCGACUACGGACCAGCUGUACCUGCUGUACGGGGGUUUGCUCACUUUCUUCUUUGCGAUUGUGUUCCCCCUCAGCUGGGCGCGGUCCAACUACUUCACCUUCGCGCACCACUGGCGCCAACUCGGCCACACGGCGGGGCGCUGUCUGGUGGCGCCGUUUUUCCUGUACCGCCCGACAUUUGCGCAGCUACUGAUGGCCGACGCGUUCACGUCGCUAGCGUCCGCCUGGGUGGACUUGCUGUUUACCACCUGCUUCUUCGAGGAGCUGGUCCGCAUCCCCGCGGCCGGAGACGAGGACGCGAGCGCCGACGGCGGCGUCGUGCAGCACUCCAUCUGCCACUGCAACCUGCUGACGUCACCCAGCUCCGUGGACCGUACCGAAGCCGGGCAUGCGGAUCACGACGGCCUGAACUCGGAUCUCCUGCUGCUGUUCCUUGUCUGCUACCCGUUUCUCAUUCGGCUUUGCCAGUGCGUCCGCCGUUUCGUGGACUCGGACUACAAAAGUCAGCGCGACGCCAUGAACAGCUGCAAGUACACACUGGCGAUCUCCGUCGCAGUCAUCAUCCGCUACGUUGACUCGGCUCCGGCGAAAGUCGUGGCCUACAUCGUGGGCGCGCUGGCGACUUUUUGCUGGGACUUUCUGAUGGACUUCGGGUUCGACCCCCAGGCGUUUCCGCGCGCGCAGCGACACGCACUGGGCACGGUCGAGGUUCCGUCGAGAACCAACGGCAGUGCGGACCUGGCUGGGUCGUGGUUCCAUUUGGUAUCUAGUGCGACCACUUCGGAAGGAGUGGCCGCAAGAGUUGCAGCUGCAACGGCGUCCACCUACAGGAAGCAGGUGCACGACAGCACUACUGGGGAAGUAGGUGUCAGCGGUGGGGAGCAAAGCAGCAAGGACCACCAGAAGGUCGCGCAGCAGCUGGAAAGCGAGGAGGCGAACUCCUCCGCGUCUGCGGCGUCCACCGGGUCGCCAGAGGAUAUUGCAGCGCAGCAGCAACUGCGAGAAAAGAGGACGCGGCUGGGAGAAACCACGCUUCAUACCAGCAAGGGCCACAAUACUAAAGAUCGGGAGAAGGAGCUUUUUUAUCCUGGUGAUAGAAGGAAAGUCAAUACGGCUCUACUACUUUCUGAGCUUCCGGAUUCGGAUUCGACCAGUUCCUUCACGACUAGUGACGUGUACACGCUUCGGACCGCCUCCUGCUUACUUCCAGUUGAGCAGUGGCGCAGCUAUUUGGUGAUUUCUAUCAUUGGACGCGUCACCUGGCCGGCAGCGACCCUGAUCGGCUUGGAGCAGCUGAAGCAGAUGACGGGUGGCAGCGUGCUCAUUGCCCAGCUGUUCCAGUUGGUCGUUGGGAGUUUCGAGAUUGGUCGCCGGGCGGCCUGGAUGGUCCUGCGAGUGGAAUACGAGCACUUACGAAACGCGGAGGAACACCCAAACCUGUGCUGGCUGCCACUAGAAAUCAGUAGAACGAACACAGUCACAACGCCGCAUAGGAACCAGGUUCUUUCGCACGACCACCUAGGGCGAAACGUAGGUAGCGAUCUUCUACCGCCUCCUGCACACAAACUGUAAAAUGAAAUAAGUAAGUUUCUCUACAAACUUCUUCUCCGCAACUGUAAACAACUUUUUGAAAUUUCAAUUUGAAAAGAGCUACCUGCUCUGCUGGUUUGCGUGUAAAAAUUUGUUGGAGCUGCAUAUCAACUUGUUUGUAUGAUGCUUUUUUGAUGAAGGUCAAUAGUUACAAGAAGGAAAUUUUAAAGUGAUCAGGAGAAAACAAUCGCUCUCGCGUCCGCGGCGAGUCGCACGCGCGUAGUCACAAAUAUAGUACUUCAAGUUGCGAGGACGCAGGCUUUUUCUGGUAGUACCACAACUAGGAACAAGCAAAAGAU